CUCAGAUCCAAGACGAGAUCACACCAUCGCCACCACCCUCGAAGCCGACGCGCACGGCAAGCGAGGCCUGACUUCUCGUGGGCCGUCGCCGCCCAGCCGCCCGGACACGUGGACGGUCGCGGCGCCCCCCCGUCCCGUCCUGCCACGGCUUCGAUAACACUAGCAGCUUCGUUUUCACCUCACCGGUCAGUUCAGUUCGUCACGCGCAGACAAGAACUGCUCGCCCAGUUCGCGAAUCGCGACAGGCUUCUUCCUCUCGCCUAAUUCGAGAAGAGAGAGAGAGAGAGAGAGAGUGAGAGAUGUCCAUCUCGCUGCGGCUCGCGGUCCCGGCGGCGGCGCCCACGCCCGCGCUGCUGCGGCAGACGGUGCGGGCUACGUCGUGGAAGAACAGCGGCGCCGCCCUUCCGCCGGCUGUGCUCAGGGGAUGCGCCUCGCUGCCCCUGAAGCCGCAGCCGCUGGGCGCGGGCGCGGGAGCCGGGGCGGGGCGGCAGAGCGGUCGCCGGGGUGCCGCCGCCGUGUGCCACUCGUCGGCGCACCUUAGCGCGCGGACGAUGCAAUGGGUCUCCGCCGGGGCCACCGCAGUGCUAUUCCUUGCAAAAGGUACAGCCAUACACAAAUCUUUCCUCGUGCCACUGUUUGCUCUGCUAGCACCUUGCAGUGUAAUCUCAUGGAUCAAGAGCGACUAUGGUCAGUGGACGGCUUUUCUUGCUCUUUUGGUGCGGUUGUUCUUCUUCAUUCCAGGUGAGCUGGAGCUUCCACUGUCAACGAUGUUGCUUGUGAGCAUUGCUCCUCACCAGCUGAUGAAUCUGAGGGGAACUCAAGGUGGUGCAGCACUGUCUUUGGCAUUGGCUGGGUAUCUUGCUUUUCAGCACUUCACCAGGGUUGGGGGUUUAGGGAAAGCAUUUGAUCAGGGAUCAAUCAUUGCAACCUUGGCCAUCAUCUGCAUCACAGUUAUCCCCCUGUUAAUGCUGUUCAAAUAUUCUUAUUUCCAAACCCUAAUUUCCCCUCCUCCACCCCCCACCCAAACCCUAGCGCCGCCACCUCCAGCCUCCGACCGGAUCCAGGCCACCGCCGUCGCCGAGCACACCAUGGGCUUCGACGUCGGCGUCGUCGCCUUCAACCAGGACGGCUGGGGCCCUCCCGAAACUGCGCCCGCGCCGGCAUCCCUCGGCGGAGGCGCCGCCGCGGCGUCCAUCCCCUUCGCGCCCUUCUCCCGCUCGGACAAGCUGGGCCGCAUCGCCGACUGGACGCGCAACCCGGCCGGCCCCGCCGCCCUCGCUGCCGCCUCCCGCGACUCCGUCUUCGACUUCACCUCCGUCGACGACUCCCUCGCCGCGGCGGCGGAGGACUCCUCGUUCCGCCUCGUCGACGCCAAGCCGCCGCCGCGGCACCCGCGGUUCGGCCCCAAGUGGCGCUUCAACCAGCGCCCGCAGCUCCCGCAGCGCCGGGACGAGGAGGUGGAGGCGCGCCGCCGCGAGGCCGAGAAGGAGCGCGCCCGCCGCGAGCGCCACUUCCAGAACCACCGCUCCCACCACCACCCUGGCUUCCGUGGCAACCAGUCCUCGUCGGCCAAGCCUUCCGUCGACAUCCAGCCUGAUUGGACCAUGCGUGAGCAGAUCCCCUUCGCCAACUUUACCAAGCUCUCCUUCUCCGUCACCGAUCAGCCCGAGGACCUCCUCCUAUGCGGCGCCGUCGAGUACUACGACCGUACCUUCGAUCGCGUCAACCCCAAGGCCGCACGCCGCCUGGAGCGCUUCAAGUCUCGCAACUUCUUCAAGGUCACCACCACCGACGACCCUGUCAUCCGCCGCCUCGCCGAGGAGGACAAAGCCACGGUGUUUGCCACCGACGCCAUCCUUGCCGCGCUUAUGUGCACUCCCCGCAGCAUCCACUCGUGGGACAUCGUCGUGCAGCGUGUUGGCAACAAGCUUUUCUUUGACAAGCGUGAUGGUUCCCAGCUCGAUCUGCUCUCUGUCAAUGAGACUGCUCAGGAGCAGCUCCCAGAAAACAAGGAUGAUAUCAAUUCAGCGCACUCCCUUGCUGUUGAGGCGACCUACAUCAACCAGAACUUCUCGCAGCAGGUGCUGCUGCGUGAUGGUGAGAAGGUUAACUUUGAUGAGCCUAACCCGUUUGCUUCUGAGGGUGAGGAGGCGGCAUCUGUUGGCUACCGCUACCGCCGUUGGAAGCUGGAUGAUGAGAUCAGCAUAGUUACUCGCUGUGAAGUUCAUGCUGUGAAUGCUGACCCAGGUGGUGGUCGUCAGUUCCUUACGCUCAAUGCGCUCAAUGAGUUUGAUCCUAAAAUAACUGGUGUUGACUGGAGGCAGAAGCUUGAGACACAGCGUGGUGCUGUGCUCGCUACAGAGCUCAAGAACAAUGCCAACAAACUUGCUCGCUGGACUUGCCAGGCUUUGCUUGCUGGUGCUGACAUGAUGAAGCUGGGUUAUGUGUCACGCGUGCACCCCCGUGAUCACUACAACCACGCCAUACUCACUGUGAUGGGAUACAAGCCAAGGGAUUUUGCUGCACAGAUCAACCUCAACACCGCAAACAUGUGGGGAAUUGUCAAGUCGAUUGUGGACAUCUGCAUGAAGUUUGAGGAGGGCAAGUAUGUGCUUGUAAAAGAUCCAGCGAAGCCACAGGUGAGGAUCUAUGAGGUGCCUUCUGAUGCAUUUGAGAAUGACUACGUGGAGGAGCCACUCCCCGAGGAGGAGCAGGUUCGGCCGCCAUCAGAUGAUGUUGAUGCUACUGCGGAGGAGAUGGAUGCAGCUGCAGAGGCAGAGGCCAGUAAUACGGCAGCAGGUGCUACAGUUGGUGAGGGUGAGAAGAGCGCCGAAGCUACUGCUGCUUGAAGUGUUCUCUUCAGGUUGUAAGCUAGAUCCUUUUUGGCUUAUAAUUAUCUGUUUUGAUGGAUUACUUUUAAGAGUUGAACUGCCUAUUAUUGAUAUAGUGGUCUUGUUUUGGUCGAUCAGAGAACUGCUUUGUUUUUGGUUCUUAAAAGAUGCUAAGCUGUCCGUGCAACGACUACAUUGGUAGUUUGAUGUCAAAGCUGGCUGUUUAUUGAGCAAGUUACUAUGUUUGAACCAUUACAGUGC